AUGGCGUACAGUCGCUUUGGUGUUGCAGACACCACACCUGCAUCGCCUCCCGACGCCACUCUGACGAGCGACCUCGAAGACACCAUCUCGGCCCUCUCUUGGUCGCCCGCCGCCAACCAUCUCGCGGCUGCUUCCUGGGAUGGCAAGGUGCGCAUCUUCGAAGUCGCUCCCAGUGGCUCGGCAAAUGGCGUCGCCAUGCUGAAGGCAGAUGGUCCACUGCUCAGCUGCGACUGGUCCAAGGACGGAAAAAUGGUCCUCGCUGGAGGUGCCGACAAGAAACCGCACCUGCUUGAUUGCCAGUCCGGUCAACAAAUCACCGUUGGUUCUCACGAUGCUCCUAUCCGCUCUGUGCGAUUCGUGGACCUUCCCAACACGUCUGCAAACAUUAUCGCCACGGGCUCCUGGGACAAGACGAUCAAGUUCUGGGACAUUCGCCAAGAGUCCCCCGCUGUCACCCUCCAGUGCCAUGACCGCGUCUACGCCAUGGACUCCAAGGCUCAGAUGCUUGUUGCUGGCACGGCAGACAUCAAGAUGCAUCUAGUUGAUCUGGCCAUGCCGUUUAGAUUUUCUCGCACUCUAGACUCACCCCUCAAGUACCAGACCAGAUCAGUCACUGCCUUUCCAGAUGGCAAGGGCUGGGGCACAGUGAGCAUCGAGGGCAGGUGCGGUAUGAAUGCAGUUGAUGAGAAGGAUCCGACUGGCAUCGACUUUACAUUUCGCUGCCAUCGUGGGAGUCCCGACGCCAAGAGGGUCACUCCGGUGUAUGCCGUCAAUGAUGUACAAUUUCAUCCAGUUCACCACGUCAGUUUCAGCACCGUUGGUUCCGACGGCACGUACAACUUCUGGGAUCGUGUCGCCCAUGCCCGACUUAGAGCCUACCCUAAUGGUGGAGGCUCGGUUGGAGGCUCAAUCACGAGUUCCGCCUUCAACAAAGAUGGAGACAUGUUUGCUUAUGCCGUCGGUUACGAUUGGAACCAGGGUCAUUCCAAGAAUACCCCCCAGUACCCGAACAAGCUCAUGUUGCAUUCCGUCACGGAGCACGACGUUACUCCGAAGUCAAAGAAGAAGUAG